GAGUAGAGGAGUAGAGCUUGCGUCUCUUGUUGGAAUUGGUAUUGGAUUCAGCUCCGGUCUGUGUGUACGUGUAGUCGUCCGUGGUCGAGGUCUCGAAUUUGCAGUGUUGUUUGUGCGAGAAAGAAGCGCUGAAGCGCUCACUUAUGUUCUAACCGCGACAGAGGUGCAAUCAACGAGUUGACCUCUGUCCGGAGCGGCGAUUGGAAGCGUUUUGGUGGUUCUGGGUUCUGGCGCGGCUGCGGAGGUGAUAUCGCAAAUCCGUGGCCGGAGGAGGAAGAGGAGGAACCGGAGCAAGGGCAACGGCAGUGCCAACUGCCGGGGGAGCGGUAGGCGGUUGACUGUCGUAGAGGCGCUGCAACCGGCGCUGCCUUGCCUUGCCUUGCCUUGCCUUAGCAACAGAACCAGAGAUGCAGCGGCAGCGGCCAGACCCAGAACUGCACCAGUGAUCAUUGAUGCGGAGUGCAUGUGCUGGCCGCGAUCUCGUCUCGCGGCGCAUCCUUGAACCGUCCGGAGCCGACGCCGCGGCUGCCGCCGCCGCCGCCGCAGCCCGGACGGACAUGAUGGUCUACCCCGACCCCCAGUGGACCUGCUCCGCCACGGCGCCCAUGGUCCAGCUCUACGACGACGUCGGAUAUCGCGUAAACGUCGUCGAAGCUCUACAAGAAUUUUGGCAAAUGAAACAGGCCAGAGGUGCCGACCUCCGCAAUGGAGCUCUCGUCAUCUACGAAUCUGUACCCUCCAAUGCCCAGCCCUACGUUUGCUACGUCACCCUUCCCGGAGGCUCCUGCUUCGGAAGCUUCCAGAAUUGUCCCACAAAAGCGGAAGCCCGUCGCAGCGCCGCGAAGAUCGCCCUGAUGAACUCUGUCUUUAACGAGCACCCAUCUCGCCGUAUUUCGGACGAUUUUAUCGAAAAGGCGGUGGCUGAGGCUCGCAAUUCGUUCAAGGGCGAUCCGGAGGAAGCAGACAAUCCGAACACCGGUAUAGGGGCGUUCCGGUUUAUGUUAGAGUCAAACAAAGGACGCACCAUGCUGGAGUUUCAGGAGUUGAUGACUGUGUUUCAGUUGUUGCACUGGAACGGCAGUUUAAAGGCGAUGAGGGAGCGACAGUGCAGUCGACAAGAGGUGGUUGCGCAUUACUCGAAUAGGGCUUUAGACGACGAUAUGCGCUCCCAGAUGGCUUUAGAUUGGAUUGCGAGAGAACAGGAAUGUGCUGGCUCCCUUAGGAGGGAGUUGAAUCAAGCCGAGAGAGAGUUGGAAUCGGCGAGGCUUGCAGGACGCGAAUUACGAUUCCCCAAAGAGAAAAAGGAUAUUUUGAUCCUUGCUCAUACACAAGUCAACGUCAGUUAAUAUCGCUUUGCUUGCGUUUUGUACGUUAUAUGUUAAGUUUUUUGUGAGACUGUUUUUGUUAUGAUAAGUAAAUUAUUGAAUGUUUCGUGUUGAUAUUGUAAAAUAGGAGUUCUCAUCUCAAGUAUCCUUUUAAAGAUCUCUUGCUUUAUUGAUAUUUAGGCCGGUUCUAAUAUGUCCAUUUGGAGACCGACUGACCACAAUUUUAAGUGAGUCUCCGUAGAGGAAAAAAUUGCGCCACACAAAAACCUGAUUCCAUUUUGGGAAUUGCCUACUAAAGGUAUACAGGACGCUUACAUACUUUUCAACUCACUUUGCUUCAGACUCACGUCUCAUUUUAACAAACCGUAAUUAUACGACUACUUCAUUUCGUCAAUAAUUCACUUAAUGGGAACUGGUUUUUGAGAUUUUUUUUAUUAUAUUUAGCUAUUGCUGAAUUUACAAGCUAUCAUUUUGACUGAUUAUUGCUGUUGCCUCUAUAUAGUGCUAACUAUUUUAUUAUUUUAAUUAUUCAAAUAAAUUUUUUAAUCAUA